AUGAACUCCCCGUACCUGAGCCCAUCCUCUUCCUCAGACCCCAGGACAAGAACAGAUAGCAUCUUCCCCAUUCAUCUACAAGACUCUGGUGGCAUCAAGAAACGAAGCAACUCUCGAUCAAGUCGCCCUCAAUCAUUAUCUGCUGCCAACAUUGAACGUCAUCCCGAGCUACUGCCAGACCAUAUACCCUCUCGACUCAACAACCUGGGUAGCAACGAUUGGACUGCUGCAAAAUCAUCUCCCCCGCCUCAGCGUACUCAAGCUUCUUUCGGCUUGACAUCAGACCAUCAACCACUUCAACAAGCUGGUGAAUCACUCACAUUACCUGGUUUCCGAUCCUUGCAAAGCAACCAUCCAAGAUUCAAUUCUGUAUCUGGUGGUUCCAAAGAUAGUGUCCUUACUACAUCCGCAGACAUGGCCUCCCUGAGUUAUCUCCCUCCUCCUCACUACGGAAACAUGGCAUUCCAGGAUCCCUCUUUCGACAACAGCUAUCAACAGUCCGAAUCGAACUCUCAUAUCCACCCGUCAAGCAACUUUGGUUUUAUCUUUGGUACCUCAGCACCAUCGCAGCAGAGCAUAUACGCAUCUGGACCUCUACACCUGGAGUCUGCUUACUCUGCAGCUCCCAUGGAGCCAUCUUUGAACCACGCAUCCGAAUCCUCAUUGAGCCAUCUCAACAGAGCAGUCAGCCCAUUCCACACAUCUACCUACGACAGCCUCGAAUAUCCGCUUGCGUCCACCACCAACCGUUCGCUGACAAACAGGAGCAUAUCACACAGUCCACUGUCUCAACACAUGGAUCCUUUGACACCUCCAUUGACAGCAGGAUUGGACUCUGCGCAACCACAAUUAGCCGGAAGCCCAGGAGCCCAGAUCAGCAUGGAUCGAAUUCGAUCACCGAGCAUCUACGACACACAGUCAUACACCUCCUCGUUUGCGACACCAGCCCGAUCAACGCGCGCCAGCAAGUUCCUCGAACCAGCACUGACUCUCAAGUGA